UGGCAUAAUACGUGCAAUCCCUAACUUAAUUUUUCCUUCCUUUCGUUUAGAAGCUUGAGUUCAUUUUCGAAGUUCUUAUCGUUUUGGAGCAAAGGCUAUGGAGAGCAGAGCAAAGGCAGCAGAGGUGGGGGAAGAGAGAAGAGAAGAUCGGAGCAGAAGUGAGGAGGCAGUACCUGAACCACUAGAAAUAGCAGAAUGGGAACCUUAGGCCGAGCUUUCUACGCCGUCAGAUUUUGGAUCCAAGCCAUCGAUCGCCUUGGCUCUCGCCUCCAAGGCAACUACCUCUUCCAAGAACAGCUCUCUAGACAUCGACAUCUGAUGAAUCUCUUCGACAAAUAUCCCUCCGUUCACAAGGAUGCGUUUGUGGCCCCCAGUGCCUCCCUCCUCGGCGAUGUUCACGUUGGCCCAGCUUCCUUCAUUUGGUAUGGGUGUGUUCUCAGAGAAUGGGAAACUGUUUCAAGUGAUUUUGGGUUCUCCUUCAAUUGCUGGAAUCGUAAUGUUCAGAGACUCGGCCUCACGGGCACACUAUCAGUAUUUGUAUUUGUCUGAAAUACAUGUGUUAGAAAGAAGUGUGGCUGGUGAGAAAUUGGCUGGAGAAACUAUCAGUAUUCCAGCCUUGAUUAUUUGCAAGUGUUUCCUCUAUUAAAGCUGUGACAGCUGAUACUUCAAACUAUGACGCUAUUCAAUUUUUGUAGCUCGUUCCAACUGCUCUGCUGCAUGAUUCUGCACCAGUGCUGCUACUUCAUCCAUUUUCUUUGUCUUUUGUUUAAUUCCUUAUAAUCAAACAAGUAUUUGCAGCUCUUGUAAUCACUAAAAAUUGGAUAAUCUUUUCUUCAAUUCUUGAUAAUUAUUCUGCAGCAGUGCUGCUAUUUGGCACUGCUGAAAACUGUGAUGGAAAUUAGCUAGCUUGCUUUA